GGGAGGGGGUAUAUGUAUGUUAUGUACAUCUAUCUAUAUACAUACAUAUCAAUUUGACGAAAAAGGAGGGGGUGAGUUGUGACGUUUUGGGUGUGAGAAAGACAAAAUGAUAUAGCAUACGAAUGAGAAGACCAAAUGAAAAUGCUGGGAACUCUUGGAAGAGUUUUCUCUGCGCGCUCAGAGAGUCAUCCAGAGUAUUUUGUGUGGAGGAAUCAUACAGGAGACGACGGAACAGAAAAAAAGCCCUCCACCACAUUAAAACAUGGCGGCGGUCGAUGUCGUACGCGGUGUACAUUUUUUCCGUGUGUUUGCAAUGUUAAUCCGAGUACUUUUAGUGUAACAAUCGUGUUAGAGCUACCCAUUUUACCGACAAUUGUACCAUCUUCCCCAAUUACCAAUUAGAUACGAAAAAUACUUCGUUAGUUUAAAGAAAAGAAAAACCAAAUGGAAAAUGUUUCCAGGAGCAUGGUAUGAACCAUAUAGCACAAUUUUUCUUCCCCUCAGCUGUGACAGUGGUGAUUGAAGUGUUGUUGAAACCACAAAAGCAGCAGUAAUAUGUUUUGUAUUAUGUGACACAAUCGUCGUAAUGACGACGUAAAUAGCAUUGCUUUUUUGGUAAUUUAUAUUGUAUCCCGCGAAAAAGACAAACAUCUUGUUACAUUGGUCAGUGAUUGAGAACAAAUACGCGAGUUUUAUGAACAUAUUACUACCACUAUACAACUCUGUCCCAGUGCCCCAUUGCAAAUCUCAACAAGAAAAAUAAUUAUUUGUCGCAAAAAGAAUUGGAAUCCAAACCACCAUAUAAGAUAGGAGGAUUUUAUUGCAAAUUGGUGCGUGAUAUAUAUUAUGAGCUCAAGGAAAAGGGGGUUGACUAUAUACAAUUCAGUGAUUUUCCCAACUUUCUCUCUUGAAACCUUUUCUGGGAUAUUUUCCCUACAAGUGCAGUAAUUUUUCCCUCUUCACUUCAAGCUAAAUGUUGCAGUUUCUUUUAUCAGGGACUUUUUACAUAGCGUACAAUUGAACAAAACAUAUCUCUUGUGUUUUGCUCCUCUGAGCCCUAUUUGGCGUUCUUUUCACUUUCUCGAGGACAAAGUACUGUGUCUCUGUGUGAUGUAUACAAAUACCAUAAGAAGCAAGUACGCAAAAGAGAAAAUUUUUCGGGGGAUACAACAACGAGGAGAGAGUGAAAGCUCGUCAGGGGAAUUUUCUUCGAGAAAAUCACCUCGCAGUACGUGAAAAUCCAGCUCAGUAAACGACGUGUUUGACAUUGAUAGUAACAAAGCGAAGCGAAAAAAAGUCUAUUCCCCCAAAAAAAGAGUUAUAGUUGCUGAAGUUGAAAAAAAAACUGCGUCUCUCAAAUAAAAAGAUAUCCAAAAAAAGCUCACAGUGACAACAAGAGUGAAAAAAAGUUAGUGUAUGAACGCAAAAGACAGUUGUAUUGGUUGAAUGUGUGGGUGGGUGUAUAUUCUGUCGAACAUAUAGUGCUUUUUGGAUCGACAGAGGUGGGUUAGAACGGGGAAUAGAGUGUGAAGGAAGCAAGAAAAAAGCUACCAUUUGAGGUAGAAAGUGCAUGAAGUGGAGGGUAGUGUCACAAGUGAAGGUGUGUGGGGUGUAUGAGGAAUUGCACGUAGGAUAUCUCCGACAAAUUAAAAGAUGUUAUGGUCGUCGCGUUUGGAUCAUCAACAUCAACACAAGCAGCAAAUAGCACGACCCAGCGUCAGUGACACUUUUUACCCAGAAUUUCACCCAAAGAGGCGAAGUAAUCCACUAAAAACCACCCCACCACCUACGCAACAGCAACAGCAGCAGCUUUUCGAGUCCCUCGAUCUGGGCACCAUUUCUGGGGCAGCAGUUGCCCAAAUUUAUCACAACUAUUGGUACAACCUACCCCAACGUUUCUCACACUUACAACAUUUAUUGCUACCAUCAUCAGCAAAUGUUGAUUAUGCUGCGAUUCCUGUGAAUCUGUGAUAUUUCGUAAACAAUCAACGAUGGAACUCGUCGUGCCACCGGAACUGGAGGAGUUAAUUUUGUGCAGUUGCUGCCAUUUGCCAUUCAACGACACAGACGCCACACCAAAGUUAUUCUCAUGCCGUCACCACUUUUGCUUGAAGUGUGUCAAUUCGGUACUCCUCAAGGGUGGCGAAUUGUAUUGCGUCCACUGCUGGAAGCGCACUGAACUUCCGGCACCCGACAUGAAGCCGGAAAACCUACCCACGUACAAUGCUAUUCUGUACCUUGCAUCGAACCUCAACCUGUUGAACCUCAAGUCGAAACCCCCGGACAAGGCCGCACAUCAGCACCAUGCAACCACAACAGGCACCAUUGGUAACACAUUGGCGGCCGCGGCGGCAGCUGCUGCGGCCGCCAAUAGUACCAAGAUGAAGAAAGGUGAAAAUUGCAUGACACACGCCAUGCCCAAUGCACUGUGGUGCCUCAAAUGCCACACACUCGUCUGCCGUGCAUGUGCAGGAAGUGAGGAGCACAGAAAUCACACGGUUAAGACACAAAUUGAGGCAAGAGAUGCAAUACGCAAUGACAUUGCCACCGAAUUGCUCAGCAUGCAGAAGUCACUGUCGGAAGUGCAACACCUGGUGCUGAAGCAGCGUGACUUCCUCCUUAAGAUCCUCGAAGCGUGCACAUCGCUCAAGACCCAAGUGGAGACUGAGCUUAUCAAUCAUCUGCCAACAUUUGAGAUUGCCGAGAUGCGUGAGAGUCUGGGCAAAGCCAAAAUCUAUCUCAAUAUGCUGGAACAGCAAACACCAGCUGAUGCAUAUAAAUUGUAUACAACCCUCCACCUUGAGAAGCAGCGCCUGCAGUCGAAGCAUCAAGAAAUGUUCCUUCAGUGCAAACUCGAUGACCUCAUUCGCAACUAUGGGGUUCUGUUUGAUUUUGAACUAAUUAAACAAGCCCUAGCUACCCUACAUAGCGGUGAGACACUGAAUUCCAUCACAAUGAACGGCAUGGGACACCACAAUCCUAUCCUCUUGUUGGCAAAUUACUGCAUCUCACAAUUAUACUCGCGACACAUCCUGACCAACAAGCAUUCACAGGCACUCGCUGCAGCAGCUGCUGCCAGCAAUGGUUCAGUAUAUCAUCAACCGGGAACAUCGCAAGCUCUCACCCCGAGCCCCCAUGACCCCGGAACACCACAUGGGAAAACAUUCAGCGAUCUCACAUCACCCAAGAAUGCACCAACACAGCAGCAACCACUGCCUCCGGGAGCUCCACAGCCACCGGUUGGAACUGGUAGCUCCUACGGACACCAUUCGGACUCCUUGGUGCCCGUUGCCCAGGGUCAACCACCACAGGGUGCCAAUAUGCGGCACUCAUCGUACGAAAUGAACGGCAUGGCUGUCCCCAUAAGUAUAAUGCAGCAUUUGCAGCAGCAGCAGCAACUUAGCAACAGCCAAGCGUCCAUCCCAUCACCCCAGCCCCCAAUUUGCACACCAACCGUACACGUUUACCCCAUCUACUUCUUCAACAUCGAGAUCAACGGCUCCCCAUGCGGACGGAUCCUUAUUGAGGUACGAAAUGACGUGGCCCCGAAGAUGGCCAAAAAUUUCGGUGCUCUCGCAACGGGUGAAUUGGGUUUUGGCUACAAAGGUUGCCAAAUAUUCCAAUGCUGGGAAAAUGAAUCAAUAAUUACGGGUGAUUUUGAGCUCAAUAACGGCCGCGGUGGUCGUUCCGUUUUCGAAGAGGGCUUCUUCAUGCCCGACGACACAAAGAUUCUCGCCAUACGCGGUAGUGUCGGUAUGCGACGUAGUCAGAAGAGGCACGAUAAUAUGGGCCUCGUUGGAUCACAAUUUCGCAUCAUACUUCGCGAGAUGCGCGGUUUCACGGGUAUUUUUGCAUUUGUCGUUGAGGGUUUGGAUCUUGUUGAAAAAAUAAGUCAGGCGGGUGAUUCCGCGGGAAAACCGCAAAGUAACGUUGUGAUUGUUAACUGUGGCAAGCUACAGUAGUGGGGCAAAAGAAACGGAAUUCAUUUUAAAUCGGAUAGCUUAUUAUACAAAGAUGAAAAAAAAAUUCAAGAAAAGAGAUACAAAAUGCAUUGUCUGCUUUGGUGAUUGGAUACGGAUGAAUUGGUCUACAUUAUACGGUUGAUUGGUACGGAUUGUUCUUGGUAAAAUACUAUCCUAAGCAAAUUAAUAUAUUAUAGUGAGAAGAAAAAAAAUGAAGAAAACACGUAAUUAAUGUAUAAGAAAAAAAUACAGAAAAUAGAGAAAAAAAUAUUAAUAAAUGUGUUUAAAACUUAAUAAUUUCACAUACAUAUUUAAAAAGAAACAAAAAAAUGGGACAUGAAUUUAAAUGGAAGGAAAAGACUUCAAUUAACACGACGAAACACCGGAAAGGAAUUAGUUUACGUAGAUUGUGGGCAAAUUACAUUUAUUGCAUUAAUAUAUAUUAGUAAGAAUAUAUACUGAAUUUCGGAAAAAUAUUUCUAUAUAGCAUUAAAUUAUUAAUUUUUCGAUUUACGAAUUAUGUGCAAAGCACUCGUUUUUGGACCAAAGUCAGAGACUUUGUAUUAAAAAUCUCCCUCUCUAUCGCUCUUUCUCUUAUUGUAUACCUACUAAAAUUAGUAACAUAUACUAUUUAUAUUUGAAACAAAAGGAAAAAUAAUACAAAAAAUUAAGUAAAGGCAAAAUAAAAAAAACUCGACAUUGCGAUGAUUUUUUUUUCUAAAUCAACCUUUAGAUUGUAUUAACCCAUUUAUUGCUCAAAAUUCAACAUUAUACACAUUUUUCAAAAUUUAUUUUUGAAAAUUUGAAAACGGGGAAAGGCACAAAUAUAUUAAAUGAUUGCAAAAUUUUGCACUAUAUCGAGCAUAUUUGGGUUAAUAAAAAGAAACAAGUAACACUAUAAAAUCACGAGAAAAAAAGUUACGGAUCAUUUAAUGUGGAUAUGCAGUGCAUUCUUUAAAGAAAAACUAAUAAAAACAACAGGGUGUAAAUGUCAAUACUGUGACUUUUCGUAGUUUAUGCUCCCCCACUUUCCAUUGAUUUUCCCGAAUUGAAAAAGAAUAAAGCAUAGAAAGUUGAAAAAGAGAAAUCUCCAAGAGAAAAUGCAAAUGAUCCUAAUCCUUCCCUUUUUUUCCGUAAAAACCCCCAAAAGAACCAUUAUAACGAUUUCAUACUGAAUAAGUUUACGAAGUAGAACACUGAAGAUGAUAGAAAUUACGUAGUUACGGAUAUUACAAACAUCGAGGGAAGUAUCGUAAAAAGAAAGUGUAGGUCUUUUCGAUAGGCGCGCGCUAAAUAUGGGAAAAAAUUGUGUUUCAAUCCGAAUGAAAAUGUUUCCUCCAUUCUUUGAAAUUGUUAUUAACUUUUUCACGCUACACUUAAUUUUUUCAGUUAGUUAGGCAACAAUAUUAAGGAAAUUCUUUAAUGUGUUGUAUACAAAUUGUUUCUCAUCCUUUCCAUUGGAAUCGAUAAAAUUACCUAUAUAUUUUAUGCAAAGGAGCAAAAUUGUUUUAAACAUAAACUAAAUAUUUGAUUUCCAAUUAAGGAUUUUUUAUUAGAUUUGAGUUAGUUUUUCAAGAAAAUCAAUGAAUUAUAUUAUUUAAAAAACUAUUAUGAUUUUCACAAGGAAUAUUCAAGAAAGUUCAAGCAGAUUUUUUCCCUUUUCAAACUAAUGAAAUAAUUUUGCUCCUUUUUUUAUCGUAAGAUAAAUUAUAGAGAAAACUAUGUAUUAGGCUUAAAAAUUUCGUAAAUUUUAGGUAAUAAUUCCAAGCAAGUAUAUCACACAAAAUAAAUUGAUAAAAUCAAUACAAAAUAUGAAAUAUGUUCGAUUAUUGAAAAACAAUCAAUAAUUUUCUAUUGAAAAAAAUUUAAACUAACUCGGCACAUUCCGCUUUUUUUAAUUAAAAAAAAUUAUUAAAUGCAUUUCGAUUGUUCUAUUUAUUUAAUUCUACUAUUCAUAAAUAGUAGAAAAGUUAUGCUAAUAAAUUAGUACAAUAUGUAAUUUGUUUUUCAGCAAUAGAGAAAUCAACAAAUCGAACACAUUUUUUAUUAAAACCAAAAAUAUAUUCAGUAUAAGGAAAAUCUACCUAAUAUACACAUAGUAGCUAUUCGGUGUUUUCUAAUAAAAGAUAACUAAAUAAAAGCUACAAAAAAAUUAUAUGUGUCUGUUAAUGCCAUUGGUACCUGUUAGCAAUGUAUGUAAUAUUUAAAGUUAAAAAGAAAAUAAUUAAUAAAAAAAGAAAACAAAAUGGAAUGAAAUAUUUUAAACUUCCCAAAAAACACCGUCAAAUAAAAAGUAAAGCUAUGACGCUAAGAAAAUAUAUAUCGUUAGAUUUAAGAAAAAUAUCUAUGGGGUAAGAAAGAUGAAAAUAUUUUUGGUAAAUACUUUAUUGUUCCAUUUUAAAGUUAUUCAGAAUAACUUUAUAAUAAAGGGCACGAAUGCGUGAGAGAAGCAAAAGGUUGUAAAUCUUUUGUGUCAAUAGAAAAGUGGACUUUUGCCACGAAUAUUAAACAAGUCUGGUCGUACUCAAAGAGUGCAAUUAAUAUAAACUGACAACAUUUAUUUUUGCCUACGCUGAAUAAAAAGUAUAUAUAUUACCUACAUACAUAACAUAUGUAAAUUGAGAAAAUAAAUAAAAUGGUAUCACUGUGAAUGAAAUUAUGCUAGCGCAUUUUAAUUGCAAACAAUUUUUGGUAGUUUGAUGAGCAUUUUUUUUUAAAUUUCAUUUUGCAUGCUAGAUGAUAUUUUUUGCGUUUCAUUGGAGAGAAUUUGAAGAAAGAAAAAGAAUUUUCAAAAAGAAGAACAAUACAAAAUAAUAAGGCAAGAAAAAAGAAAUACUUUGAAAACAACCAUAAAACAGAAAUUUCGAAAGAGAAAAAUCUAUGAAAUGCUGAAUUAAAUUCAAGUAGAAAUUUCUCUAUUAAAAUUACGCUUUACAUGCUUUAAAGAAAAAAAUAAUAAUUGUAUAAAGUAGAGCAUUGGAAAAAAAAUAUUGUUAAUGUAUAGAAUAUUAGAAAGUACAAUUUCUGUAUAUAAAAAGCAAAAAAAUAAAAAGAAAAAAGAUCAUUGUUUGCUGCUGUAUAUUAAACAAAAAAAAACUCGCGCUUGUAGUUAAAAUAUAAAAUUUUGGCAAAAAUGUGAUACACUAAAUUUGGCUUUGCAAAAAUAUAUACAUAUAUAUUACACCAAUUUUAAAAAGGGGAAAAACAAAUAAAAAAUCCUUUUAUCAAAAUUUCUCACUAAUCUCGUGGACGUAAUAUAUUCUCGAAAUUAUGCAAAAAAAAAAGUAAAAUUACUAGAGAGGAACCACCGGAAAAAUGAAAAUCAGUGCAAAAAGUUUUUUCUUUGCGAAAUAAUCGUAUCAUUGAGAUGUUAUACCUUAAGAAAUAGAAUUACAAAAAUAAAUCAAUAAAAAAAACAAUUAUGUUUUAAAAUUUAUGCUGGUUUCAUAACAAAUUUUCUCUUGCAAUUUAAUCUGACAACAAAAUAUAUAAAACACUAUAAAAUAUAUUUAAAAAAAAAAAUGUUUUUAAAAAUCAAUAAAUAUACCUUAAGGUAUAACAACUCAUCGAAAUGUAAAAAUUUAAGUUACGAAACAUGUUAAUCAAUAUAAUGUAUAGGUUUUGGACAAUCGAGAAUUUAUAGAUGUGUAGAAAAAUAUAUUUAAAGAAAAAAAAAGUGGGUACAAAAGUAAUUAGAAAAUGUAACGAAGAGAAUUAAUUGCUAUUAGAAAAAAAACUGAUUUAUCCGAAAAAAAAAUUGUGGAAGCAACUGAAAUAAAAACUAGUCAGGGAAAUAAAUGAAUUUAAGCUGUAAACAAAUUCAUGGAGUAAGGAAAAAUAAACUGAUUACAUAAAAAAAAUCCUUAAAAGGUGAUAAUGAAAGGUUAAUGGGACAGCCGGUACAGCCCAAUGAUAUCGUUAUUGCAAUAGAAAUGAAGUAACUAUACAUGAAUUGAUAGAUUUUAUUGUAUGCAAGAACUUUGUGAAGAAAAAAAAUUCUUAAAACCCCAAAAUUAAUUUUAUUUAUCAAGUUAACAAUUUCGUAAUAUAAUUUUUUUUAUAGUUGAUACGUAUAACCCCCCUCUCCACUACCUCUACUCCGUCUUCUCCCUAUCGUCUCCCACCCAACAAAAAAAAUUCGAAAAAAAAUUCCCGGAAAAGAGAGAAAAGUAUGAUUCGAAAACAUAUGAGAACAAUAUAGUGAAAAAGUAUAUAUUUUUACAGAAGUCGUAACGGAUUUAGUGAAUGCGAAAUGCGAUUAACUCGAACGGAAAGCGAAAAAAAUAACUAACAAAAAUAUUUAUUAAGAAAAAUAUUGUUAAGAGAUGGCACAGAGAUCCCAAAAAUCAUGGGAAUUGAACGAUGAGUGUACAAAGGACGGCAGUCAAAUUAAAUUCACUAUGAAAAAAUUAUUAUAAAAUAUUAAUGUUAGAUGAAGUCAACAAAAUAUUAAAAAAAAAUUGAUGUCCGUGUUUGUCUAAUAGGAAAAUCCAAAAAAAACAUCAUAGUAAAAAGACAAGAAAAUCGAUGUAAUAAAUGUAAAACACACUGCAGAAAAUUACUUUUAAGAAAACAAAAUUAUUAAAGUAAAAGUUAUGAAAAAAUAAUCGUUUAUCGUAUAAUAUCGAGAAAAAAAAUAAAAAGAUUUAAAAAAAAAACUAUGCUUUUGAGUGUAGCAAGAAAGUAAACAUAAUCGUCUCUUUACUAAAGGCAUAACAUACUUAAACAAAAAAAGAAGUGACACUUUUUGAAAACAUAUAAAAAGUAUUGAGAGAAUCGCAUAUUUCUCUUUUCUAACGAUUUAAGUAAAUUUCUGAAAAUAUUUUUAAUUGAGGCAAAUAGAAGUUUUGCAUGAUUUCUUUCCGAUGUUUAGGGGUUUGUUUUUUUUUUUGGUAAAUAUUUUCUUUUUAAACACACAAAAAAAAAUGUUAAGGGUUGUUUUUUUUUUUAAUUUUUUUGGAAAUGGUUUCGAUUUUUUUCAUCACAUCAUCUAAUAUUAAAAAAAAAGUUUCAGAAUUAAACGGUUUCCAACAAAAAUUCACGUCCCACAAUCAUGCAAUGUUCUAUUUGCUAAAUAUUUAACGUGCUUUAACCCUUUAGUGACUGAAGGUUUUCUUUUGAAUCAAUAAUCGCCGCUUUUCCUUUAAUUUCCUACCCUUUUCACACUCUAAUACACUUCUUUUCUGAAGGUUUAAUUCUUUUAAUCAAUUAAAGAACUGGAAGAAAUUGAAUAAAAAAUACAAGAAUUUUCAAUUAAUUUUCACAUUUUGGUCAGAAAGGGUUAAAACACUGGGAAAAAUUCCGAAAAUAAACGUAUGUAAUUAAUUUCAAUAUUUAAUACAGCUCACUAAUCGAAAAUAAGACGAAAAUGUAUCUCACAAAUGAGAGAAAAAAACCUAUUCCUGUACAAAAUAGGAAUAUUGUAUUGAAUGAAGGCUAAUGAAUCAGAAUGGCAGUGUACUCAUUUGAAAAAAAAAAUGUACAGAAAAAUGUUUUCGAACAGUUUACAAUGCCAAGAGCAAGAAUUAAAUCUAAAAACGCUGUGUAAAUGUGUAAGGACUAAAUGAAGGUGGAUGAACUAAAGAAAGGAGUCUGGAAAUUUUUAAAUUUUUAAUUUAGAGAUUCCCUCAAUUUUUUUUCCCAAACGUAGAACCGAAUAAAACUGACGAAAAAAAGUAUAAAAUGAAUGAAAAAACCCACCAAAGAAAGGCCAAUUCUUUUACAAAAAAAAAUGUUGCAAACUCUAUGGACCUUGUUGAAGAAGAGAUAGAAGAAGAGGAAAUUUUAUUGACUGUUCAGAGGCAAAAUUUAACUGACCAAAAGUGGAAUGAAGACAUCUGAAAAAAAAAGCUCCUUUUAAGCUCAAUGAUGGGGAGAUGAAUGAAGCAAUAGGAAAAAAAAUCUGAGAGAAAGAUGUUUUUAAUGAAAGCAACAACCCCCCAUGAUAAUGUCUCAAUUCUAUCCUUUCUUCUCUAUUAUAUGUCAAAACCUCAUACAAAGAAAACAAAAACCUACAGACCGACCUCAAAUUUCACCUACAUAGACAGUGGAAGAUAUUUAGUGAAUAAAAAAAAUGUGUAAUAAAGUGGCGUAGAAUCGUAUCUCGUAUGUAGUUGAUUGUAUGUUUAAAUGCAGUAAAAAAAAUCCAUGGAACCCAAAUAAAAAUGAGAGUGGAUUGAAA